GAGAGCUCCAAUGAUUGCGCCUCCAUUCUAUUCUUCUCUCUUAUUUUUCUAAUCCGAAAAUACAAGCAGAAGCUUGUUUCUUUUUAUGGUAUUAGAGCUAACCAGGUUGUGAGACUUGUUUCAAAACACAAAAACCAGAAAGAUUUGAUCUUUCUAAAACACAAAAACACAAUCUUUAUUACAAAGUUUGAAUCUUUUAAAAACUGGAGCUUGAAGAUUCUGACUUUUGACUGAAUCUGUUGUUCAAAAUGAGUGAAAAAUCCAUCAUUCCUUAUGCUGAUGCAUACAACGUGGGAAGUUCAGACCAAUAAAAGUCAAGUUUGGGAAGCAUAAUCUUCAAUGGAAGCAACUAUCUCAACUGGAGCAGAAGUGUUAAGAUGGCUCUUGGAGCUAAAAUAAGUUGGGAUUCAUCGAGGGUAAGGUAAAAAAAACCUUGUUCUGAUUCUGAUGAUCUUAGUAAGUGGAUAAGAAAUGAUUAUAUGAUAAGAUGUUGGUUGUCUGCUUCUGUUUCACCCAAAAUUGCUGAACAAAUGCUAAUAUGUGAAUCUGCAAAAGAUUUUUGGGAUGAACUUGUAGAGAAUAUGGGGAAACUAAUGCACCACAACUAUAUUUACUUAAGAAUGAAGUUAAUGGCCUUCAGAAGAAUAGCAUGAGUAUAGCAGAAUAUUAUGGAAAGCUGAGAAAAUACUGGGAUGAGAUAAACAAUCUAGAGGGAUUUCCGGAAUGUAGUUGUGGUGCAAUGUCAAAAUGUACUUGUAGCAUAAUCAAGAAGCUAGCAGAUAGAGAUGCAAAAAACAAAGUAAUCGAUUUUCUGAUGGGAUUAAAUGGCAACUAUGACGGUAUGAAGGGCAAUAUUUUGGCAAUGGAUCCUUUGCCAACUGUUAAUAAAGCUUUUCAUAUAUAUGGUGCAACAAACAGAGAAACAAAAGGAAAUUUCUGAUGCAAUGGAGGCCGGAAUUGAAGCAAGUGCAUUAUCUGUGACUAAGCAGACUAGUAACUAUGUUUAUCAUAACAACAACAAAAAUUCCAAAAGCAAUGUUGGUCAGAAUCAGAAAGGGUUUCAGAAAAGAGAGACCAAGGAAGAAAAGAUGAGAAAGUAUUUUUGUGAACAUUGCAAGAUGAAGGGACAUACCAAGGAUGGAUGUUUCAAGCUCAACGGAUAUCCUGAAUGGUUUAAGAAUCCAAAACCGAAGGGAACUACAAGUUAUGCAGCAAACGUAUCAAUGGGAAGAGAUGAUGCUGAAAUUGAUACACCUUUGGAGAACGGACGACAAAAUUAUGCAAAUAUGAUGAAUGCUGUUGUUGAACAAAUAAUGAAUAUGUUAAAAGCAAAGCAAGUAGAAGCAGGGAGUUCAUCUACAGGAAAUAUGCAUUUGAGCAACUUUGCAGGACCCUUCUAGUGGAGAGACGGUUGGGAUUGGAAUGAAGCAUUGAGGAAUUUACAAGCUAGGGAUAACGGAUGAAGACCUAAGAAGAAAUAAGGAGCCUGAAGUUAAAAGUAGAGAAGAAAUAGCAAAGCUUCUAAAUUAAGUUUGAUACAUCAAAGGUUGUGGCAUGGAUCUCUUUCUAAGAUGAAACAUUUAUCAAUAUGUGAAUGCAAGGGUUUGACAGAGUUUUUUUGUGAUA